AAAUCAUUGUCCAGUUGUCUAGUACUCAAGUCUGAGGUUCCUUUGAAGAUCACACUCUGAAAUUCGAACCAAUUAAUUUCACAGUGUGUCUCUGUGUGUGUUUUGGACUCGAGCUUCUUCAACAAUGCCUCUCUCUCUCCGGAUCACUCCAUCUCCGACAACUUCCCGUUACUCUUCGGCUUCUGCUACCGGCGGCGGUGGCGGUGGCUUUUCCCCUGUGAAGCACUACUGCCGGAUCCCGAAUUCCGGCGUCCCGAAGAAAAGCGGAUUCUGUUCGGUUGGUGGUGUUUUAGAUUCGGGGAAGACGAUCGGAUCCUGUGUGGUGAAGUGUAGCUUAGAAACAGUGAAUGUCAAUGUCGGCCAGGUGACGGAGGUUGACAAAGACACGUUCUGGCCAAUUGUUAAAGCCGCCGGUGAAAUGAUUGUUGUCCUCGACAUGUACACUCAGUGGUGUGGUCCUUGCAAAGUAAUGGCUCCCAAAUACAAAGAGCUAUCGGAGAAGCACCAGGACAUGGUGUUUCUUAAGCUUGACUGCAACGAAGACAACAAGCCGUUGGCAAAGGAACUAGGAAUUAGAGUGGUUCCAACUUUUAAGAUCUUGAAGGACAACAAGGUGAUAAAGGAAGUGACUGGAGCAAAAUUUGAAGACUUAGUUGCAGCCAUUGAAGCGGCAAGGUCAGGCUGAGUCUCUCUCCCUCUAUACAUAUAUAUCACUCCUGCUGUAAAGUAUUAGGAUCAUUCUCCAUCUUCAUGUAAUUGGUUUGGUUCUAUGUAUGUAAACUCUCUGUAGUUCCCUAAACCGGAAUCGGUUUUAACUUAACAGUGUAUGUAUAAAUGCUCGAAAGUUGUGAAAUGUGAUGAGCUAAAUGUCUAUGUAUCAUACGUUCAUAACCAGUGGUUUGGCUAA